AUGACAGACAUCGACUGCCAUGCUGAGCAGCUGGAUGAAGUGGAGGCUUUACAGGCCAUCUUCCCAGAUGAGAUAGAGUUGACUUGUGAUGAUGCAGGACAGGUCGAACUCUCGCUCCUGGUUAGCCCAGACUUGGCUGGUGAGCUUGGUGACAAGCCUCUCCUCCUCCGCGCAGCAGCUCCACCAGAUGAAGCGCCGGAGAUCUCAGGAGGGGGCUAUCCCUCCUCAGGCUCAGCUCCGGGAGUACCGGAUGUGAAGAACACGGUGAGCCAGGACAAGCCGCGCCUGGGGAGGUCUGUAAGCGGCCAGCAUGCUUACGCAGAGUGUGAGGUGCGGCAGCUGCCGCCUGUGCAGCUGCAGCUGAAGCUCCCAGCUGGGUAUCCUGCCUCUGCACCGCCUGACUUUCGCUUGUUCUGCUCUUGGAUAGAUGUAGGAGCCUUGUCCUCUCUCUGCCAAAGCCUGGAUGACCACUGGGAACAAGCAGAAGGGUCUGCCAUCAUAUACACCUGGGUCGAGGCUCUGCGAGUAGAGGUAUUGGAAUUCAUCCUCAAAGGCCCCGGAUCCUCGGACAGAGCUACUCUCACGCUGGAGUCCAGUGACUCAUGCUCUGUUGAGGCAGACCCGCGUGCUGUGUCUGAGUGCGGCACACCCAUGCAAACGCUUCAGGAUUUGCUGCUCUACGAUAAAGGAAAAGGCCUGGACAUUUGGAUGCAGCAGCAGCACGUUUGCAACGUGUGCUUCUCUGAGCACCCAGGCUCACACUUCGUACUCUUGGGGGGCUGCAGCCAUUCAUUUUGCAAGCACUGCGUAAAAGCAAUGGCCCAAAUCCAUGUCACUGAAGGAAGCAUUGCCGAACUGCUGUGCCCAGAGGUAGACUGCCGCGCCGAGAUUGCGCCGAGUGCUUUGACGCAAGUCCUAGAUGAGCAAGGCUACGAGCGGUGGCAAACCCUGAAACUUCGCAAAGCACUGACAACUGCAAACCUGGUUCUUUGCCCGCGCUGUGAAGAGAAUGGACUAGAAACGCCGGUUUUGCCAGAUCCAGUCGAUGAGGAAGAUGAGGCGAUGCCGGUGGCAAGGUGUGAGCGGUGUGGCUAUGUAUUUUGUGCAAAGUGCCUGUCGCUGUACCACGGAAAGGAGCCUUGCCUUGCGCCAGAGGAGCGAGCGCAGCAGGCAGCCAUGCGCCGGCUGGGAACGGCACAGAGCGUGGCUGAGAAGCGCAAGCUGAAGCGUGAGGCGCAGAAAGGAUACCUGGUUUGCGUUGAUGUGGGGGAAGAUAUGCUUCCUAUCGAUGCGGCUGGGCAUUCCACCGAGGACCGUGACAGCGUUGCAGAAGGGGACAAGGUCAUUGCUGUCCAUGCUGGAGUGCCAGACAAGCUGACGGGUCGUGCGUUGUGGGAUGCUAAGUUCGACAAUAUCUGCGAUCUGCCAACAGUUUUAAUGGAAUCUGCGAGGCCCAUCAGCAUCCGUCUGGUCCGCACACGGGCAGACGCUGCAAUUGAGCGGGUUCGCCAGCGGCGACUGAUGGAAGAGCUCCUGACUCUCAAGGAGAUUGCGCGCGAAUCCCAGCCUUGUCCGCAGUGCAAAGUGCGUGUACACCGCACAGCGGGAUGCAACCACAUGCAUUGCAGUCAGUGCCGGGCUCAUUUCUGUUAUCGCUGCGGGGCACAGAUGGACAGCGAGGAUCCCUACGCACACUUCAAAACGGGCAAAUGCCCAACUUUUGAUGAUGCAGAGGUACGGAGGAUUGCAGCACAGGAGAGGCAGCCUGGGUUUGUGGACCAUGAGCUGCAACGCCUGAGAGCUGAGUUUGGAGACCAGAGGGACUUGUUCUUGCAGUUUCAGCAAGCCAAUGGCAUGCAGACAGCGCAUGCUGGAGGGCGAGGAAAUGUGGCUGCUCGGAGACGUAUGGGCGAUGUACCCUGCCCAACCUGUGGACAGUGGAAUGGUCGUGUGGGCAAUCUCAACCACAUUCGCUGCGGCAUGUGCCGCAAUUCUUUCUGUGGCCACUGCAGGCGUCGCAUACAUGGCGUCAUCUCCCACCAUUAUCGAGGAGAGAAUGCUUGCCCGCAGCACUUCCGUGCCCCGGAGUAG